AUGUCACAACCACAAGUCGGGUGGAUAGGACUCGGUUCUAUGGGAAUUGGCAUGUCCAAGAACCUUCAGAAAUACCUUAAGAGCGUCUCCGCGCCAGCCCUCAUCUUUACAAACAGAACUAUUUCGCGAGGAGAGCCUCUGAAGGAGUUGGGAGCCAUACCGGUCGAGACUGUGAAGGAGGUUGCCAGCAAAUCCGACAUCAUCUUCUCUUGUGUUAGCAACGAUGCCGUGCUUCAAAAAACCGCAGAAGAAAUCAUCGCGUCUGGAAGUAUCCAUGGCAAGAUCUACGUCGACUGCUCGACAGUCCACCCAGACACCUCGGUCAAGAUCGCCGAGCAAAUCACAGCCGCAGGCGGCGAGUUCGUCGCCGGGCCUGUAUUCGGCGCCUCUCCAAUGGCCGAGGCGGGAAAACUCAUCUUCGUCAUCGCCGGUCCCGAGACAGCAACGACCAAGAUCGCGCCCUACUUGAAAGACGUGAUGGGCCGCUCCGUGAUCCCCAUGGGGCCCGUCGUGUCGCAAUCCUCCCUCCUCAAGAUCGCCGGAAACAUCUGCGUCGUCUCCUUUAUGGAAGUCAUCUCCGAGGCGCACGUCUUUGCCGAGAAGACCGGGCUCGGAUCGGCCAUCCUCGAGACGAUGAUCGGCGAUAUGUUCGGCCCUGUCCUGGAGUCCUACAGCAAGAGGCUGACCACAGGGGCGUACGCGCCCGAGCCGACUGGCAAGGCCGGCUUCGAUGUCGCGCUCGCGAUGAAGGACGCGAGACAUGCGCUGAACUGUGCGCAGACGGCCGGGACGAGGUUGCAGGUUAGCGAGGUUGCGUUGAGGAACAUGGAGAAGGCGAGUCAGUAUGGCGAAGAGCUGGGAGGGCGGCCGCUCGAUAGCAGCGCUAUGUAUGGUACGAUUCGAAGGGAGGCGGGGCUCGAUUUCUACACGGAUCUGUGUAAGGAGAGAGAUGCGAAGAAGUGA